AUGGCGCGGGAUUUUUGAGUGGACGAAAGAAUGAGCGAGGAACGAUUUUUGUCCGUUUUGAAAGAAGCUAAAGACUUAUUCUUGGAGAAAUUACAAGUUGCAGAGCAGUUAAGAGGUGAAAAUGAAAGAUUACUGGAAGACGUAAAACGUUUAAAGGCGAAAAAUGAAGAAGUCUUAUUGGAAAAUAAAAGAUUGUCAGAAAAAUAUGAAAAGGCAAAGAAGUUUGUCAAAAUCUAUUUUGCUGAUCAACUUAUUAGAAUGAAAGAGAUUGAAAAGAAUGGAAUUUAUAACGCUGAAACGUUUUCGUAUCUGGUUGGUGACAUUGCAAGAAGUGUAUCUGAGACCACGCUUCUGGCCGAAAUAGAAAACGAUGAAAUGAACAAAAAGCCACUUCACGGCAAGCUUUCGCUAAACAAGGAGAACAAACGAACGCGUUAUGAAGAUGUGAAGCCAUCAAAAGAUCACACAAACAAUUCUACGUCGUCAAAUAUUAGCAUCACUAACACGUUGACAACAAAAAAUACUGAAGAAAAAAAACGAGAUGUUCUUGUCUCUCAAAAGCAAAACAAGAAUGACGAGACUCUUGAUCCUCGCAAAACUACUUUUUCAAAGGAACAUGACUUGGGAGGUCAGAUGGGAUUAAAAAACCAAUCUGGGAAAAUCAAAAGUUACAAUAUUCUUGAUAUUCAAACUGUUUUAGACGCCAGUUCGUCCACUCCGGUAUCUAUCGGAUCCCCGGCUAAGACUAGCACUCAAAUCAAAUCGGUCGAAAAUAUAUUCGAUAAUACAACCCAGUUUAUAUUCCCGAGUCAGGAAAAUGAGAAAUUCCUGAGGAAAAGUUCAAGCAAAAGUGGAACCACCGAUAACAGUAACUUGGAUCCAAAUUUGACCCUGCGUCUCCCUCUCAGUCCCCCGUCGAAAUGUAGUACCCCUCAGGAUCUCCGCUUUGAAGAAGAACCGAAAAAAUCUCCACUAGCGUUCAGUCCCACGCAAACGUCGCCGUCUAUACUGGGAGGUGAGGAUGGUGAGGGACUUGGAGGUACAUUUUUCUCUCAGAUACCCUUAAUGGAAGGCGAGGUUCCGGAACAAACUGUGCCCCAGUCCCCGACCAUUCAUACGCGGUCACACAGCGUCACAAGAACUGCAAUUUUGGCGGCAACAUCACCAUCACCGGAGCAAAAGAAGCGGAAGAGGAGUGAUAUUUCAUUUGGAUCGAUUUUGACUUCAGAAAGUUUAGGAUCUAAACAAGAAGUGAAUGAAAGUUCAGCUUCGGGUGAAAGAAGACUUUCCAGCAAAAGUGAAAAUCGAAAAAAGCCUUCCGACCUUUCUUCAUCUAAGAACAAAACUCCCUCGCCAGAUUUUAUAUUCCUGGAUGACAGCGGUUUCUUAAAGCCCAGCAGCACAGAAAUACCAAGAAAGAAACCAAAGAUUAUCUCCGUUACAAAAGAAUCGUCAUUGGACAAAAGUAGUCUGCUUUUUGCCUCGCCACAGACUAGUGUCAGUCCAGGUACCAAAGUCAUGUGUUUUUUUUCAUCAGAUAAACAUUAACGAUGAUCAAAUUUUGGUCUAAUUUCCUCUCCAAAACAGCGAAUACUGUGUUUGAGCGUCAAGCAGAAAGAAUUUCGUCUUCCGAGAAACCAAAAUAAAUCACAUAUUUUGUGCAUAAAUCACAAUAUCUCGCGAAAACAGUGAAUUAGGUUUUUCAUGGAGGUAAA